AUGAAUCAUGGCGCGAGUGCAUUCCACGACGAUCCUUUUGGAGUGAUAGAUUGCUCCAGGGACGAGCAAGCACUGUUUCUGAAGAGCCUUCGGGACAGGAUAACUUGUAACGAAAGAGAAAAGACUCUUUUGUUUGAAACUGGAUUUACAAAGGAGAGGGACUUCAACGGAAGCGCCGAAGAGAACUGCAUGAGCUUAGAAAUAUUGGCCCUACUAUCAACGUCCAGGUGUCAGAACACUAGAGAGGGUGUCAGGGCAUGCAUUCCCCAAAUCUUUGAAUUUAUCAAGUCUCAAUCUCUCCCACCCUCCAGCAUCCAUAUCUCUAUGUUUAGGUCCUUUAGAAUAAUUAUAUCUGAGACCGACCAGGCCUCGUUUUAUGACAAGUAUCUAGCCUUCUUCCUAUCUGUAAUCGAGAUAGAGCAUCAGUCCCUGUGCCUCAAUGCGAUUAAAAAUGAGGUAAUCGAGCUACUCUAUCGAAUGCUGGAGACGGACACAAGGGUUAAGGCUAGGCUUAGAAGCAGGAGGGUCAUCAAAAUUCUAUGCAACCCGGAUCUUCAGGGUAUCAAACUUCUCAACGAAUUGAUAGACGAAGGUGUGGGAAAGCACGUCAAAAUUGGCCGUAUACUCAAGAGGGUAGAUGACUCGAAUGUAAAGAACAAGUUGGAGGUUCUUUCAUGCUGCGUAAAGCUGUAUAGGAUGAGCCAUUCUGAAGACACAAGGAUCAUGGAAAGGAUACUGUACGAGCUAGACGAGCUGGCACAGUAUAGAAAAGAAUCCUUAGUGCUGAUAGGUUUUGUGGUUCAGGACGACGUCCAGGCGCAGUUAUUCUGCAAAGAUAUAGAGCUUGUUUCUAAAAUUGUUGAUCGAUUUCAUGAGACUAAACCAAGCGAACUAACUCCUGAGCUCCUGUUCUGCAUGUACUCUUUAACGGCAGGGCUGGAGGAGAACAGGAAGAUCGCUGCUAGAAGCAAAAUGAUCCCUAGUGUUUUUGGAACGUUCAAGACGAAGGUAAAUAGAAAGCAAGUAGACCUUGACUUCGUUAUGAUUGUACUAUUUCUAAAGAGCAUGACCAAGAGCAUUACGUUUCUCAGGUCAGGUCUUCUAGACUAUCCUAUUGUAGAACUGCUAAUAGAUGCUUUGGACAACGAGUUUCCAGACACCAUUGACGGAAUCGACAAGAUGGUGCCUGUGGAGAAUUUGGGGGCGGGGUUUAUAGAGAAAAGCAUUCUGGGUGUGUUGGUCAAUCUAGUCAUGGAGUAUGGAGACUACAAGAAUAAGUUUAUAGCGUCUAAUGGCGUUGAAAAGGUUCUAAGCUACACGUUUAAAUUUCCACACACAGUCUUGCAGAUUUUCAAGAACUUUCUGUACGACACUAGCUUCAACUCAAAGGAGGUAUUCAUCAAGGCAACGGACAGGAGGUUCUUCAAGAGAUUUAUUGACAUGUACGAGGAGAACAAGGACAUGGAGAUAUUGGAGGGAUGCUUCAAUCUGAUGCGAAACCUCUUGUGUGAUGACACUCUAGACUAUAUUGUACAAAGCUAUGAAGAUAUGAUUGACUCUAUAUUUCUUUAUCUGGAUGAGUUUGCCGGUAGGACACCUAUUUCGGAGGGCAGCAAGGAGGAACAUGUCCUGCUGCAGAUACUGUACACUAUAGUCAAUCUAAGUGCGAACUCUGACAAAUUCAAAAGUUUGGUGCUGACUACAAGGCAUCUGGACAAUAUGAAGAAAGUAAGCACGACUAGGAACCUUUCGAUUGCAUUUAUAUGGAUCAUAAUAAACCUGUCGUGGAAAGAGGACGGGUCGGAGGACAGGAUUCAAAUCCUUUGUGCCAACGGCAUAAGGGAAUGGCUAGUCAAGAUACAAGCCAAAGACUCGAUCCUGGCAGAUAAGAUAGGAACUGCACUGGAAAACCUUAGGUUGGCAUGA